AUGCUGGACAUGCUGGAAGGAUCAAAGUGGUUCUCAAAGAUCGAUCUACGAAGUGGGUACCAUCAAAUUCGAAUCCGUCUUGGGGAUGAAUGGAAAACAGUGUUCAAGACUAAGGAUGGUUUGUAUGAAUGUAAAUCAGAGAAGAACCACAUGGACCAUUUACGGGAGGCGUUGACAGCGUUGGAGAAGUUUCCUUUUCCUAUUCACCACAAAUCAGGAGUUCUGAAUCAAGUUGCGGAUGCCUUGAGUCGAGGGGCUAGUUUAUUAGUCACGUUGACACAUGAGAUUGUGGGUUUUGAGUUCCUGAAAGACCUUUAUCUAGAUGAUGAUGACUUCAAGGAGAUAUGGGCGAAGUGUAUUCAAAGGCAACUAGUCACUAAUUUCCACAUCACUGAUGCCCAUCUAUUUUGA